AUGGGAAUAUGGUUGAACCAAUCAUCUAUAGAUGGCUUCAUCCUCCUGGGCAUCUUUUCUCAUAGACAGACUGAUCUUGUCCUCUUUUCUAUGGUUAUGGUUGUGUUCAUAGUUGCCCUCUGUGGAAAUAUCCUCCUCAUUUUCCUCAUCUACAAAGAUCCUCGACUCCAUACACCCAUGUACUUCUUCCUCCGUCAGCUCUCCCUCAUGGACCUCAUGUUGGUCUCUGACAUCGUGCCAAAGAUGGCAGUCAACUUUCUGUUGGGCAGAAAGUCCAUCUCCUUUGUGGGUUGUGGAAUACAAAUUGGCUUUUUUGUCUCUCUCGUGGGAUCCGAAGGGCUCUUGCUUGGACUCAUGGCUUAUGACCGCUAUAUUGCCAUUACCCACCCACUUCACUAUUCCAUCCUCAUGAGUCAGCGGGUGUGUCUCCAGAUUGCUGGGAGUUCGUGGACUUUUGGGAUAAUAGAUGGAAUGAUACAGAUGGUGGCAGCCAUGAGCUUACCCUACUGUGGCUCAAGAAAUGUGGAUCACUUCUUCUGUGAGGUGCCAGCUUUACUGAAACUGACCUGUACAGAUACAUCCAUUUUUGAUACCUUGCUUUUUGCUUGCUGUGUCUUCAUGCUGCUCCUGCCCUUCUCCAUCAUCUUGGCCUCCUAUGCAUGCAUCCUGAAGGCUGUGCUCCACAUGCACUCUGCUCAGGCCCGUAAAAAGGCUCUGGCCACCUGUUCUUCUCACCUGACAACUGUAUCCCUCUUCUAUGGGGCAGCCAUGUUCAUCUACCUGAGACCUAGGCACUACCGAGCCCCAAGCCAUGACAAGGUGGUCUCUAUCUUCUACACGGUCCUUACACCUAUGCUCAACCCCCUCAUUUAUAGCUUGAGGAACAGGGAAGUGAUGGGGGCCCUGAGAAAAGGGCUGGGUCUUUGCAAGAUAUGUAGCCAGCACUGA